AUGGGGGGCUCCCCAAAGGCAGCAGCGGAAGCAGCAGCACUGGGGCCCAGGGCCCCUGUGCUGCGCCUCAAGGAGCCAGUGCUGCUGGCCGACAGCAGCAGCAGCAGCAGCAACAGCAUUAUAAAGCGCAUGGACAGCUUCAGCACCGCCAGCAGCAGCAGCCGCAGCAGCAACACCAACAGCAGCAGCACCCCCUCAGCAAGGGACAGCAGCAGCCCUUUCGGCAGCAGCUGCAGCGGGAGAAGUCCCAGCAGCAGCAGCAACACCCCAAGCAGCAGCAGAAAUAUCCCCAGCAGUAGCAGCAGCAGCAGCAGCAGUCCCAGCAGCAGCAGCAGCAGCAGCAGCAGCCCCAGCAGCAACAGCAGCAGCAGCAGGAGAGGCGGCCCCAGCAGCAGCACCCCGAGCAGCAGCAGCAGCAGCAGCAGCACCCCGAGCAGCAGCAGCAGCAGCAGACGGGGCGCCCCGCGGGGGGGCCUGCUGCUGCAGCAGCAGCAAGCAGCAGCAGGCAGCCACACGGAGACAGAAGCACCGGGGCAGCUAAACACUUUGCUGCUGCAGCGGCAGCAGCAAGCAACUCCUAUUUUGCGGCUGUCUGUACACCCCAGAACUGGCGCCGUCUCCCGCAGCCAGAACCCUCCGGAGUUAUUGUCUCGCUGUCCCGUCGGCGGGGCCCCUGCCCGUCUGCGCCUCAGCAGCAGCAGCAGCAGCAGCAGCAGCAGCAGCAGCAGCAGCGGGGGGCGAGUGUUGCAGCUGCAGCACGAGGGCUACCGCGAGCGAAUAGAAGCAGCAGCAAAUGGAACCCUCAGGUGGGGAGAGAAGGAAGCAAAUGAUGGCAGCUGGGUUGAGAAGUGGGCAGUGCAAACACUGCAGCAGCAGCAGCAGCAGCAGCAGCAGCAGCAGCAGGAUCGCGUGCUGGAGUUCGGCCAGAGCCAGGGGAGAAACUACCGCACCAAUGAACG